UGAUGAUAUGCAACACUGCCGAUAAUCAUCCCCUGAGAUUUGGCAGAGGCACCUGUUUGUACCGAUGCUGUUUCUUCAGAGCCUGACACGGUGAACAAGCUACUUUAUACCACACGUUCACAUCAUGGAUAAUACUGGAUUCAAUUGGAAAUACCGGUUACUGUGUGGAUUAUGUGCUUUUCUCCACUUUCACGCGUCCAUCUCGGCGGAGUCCACCUGUAAACUGAAGGCCAAGUUUAACCUGAACGGCUACAGGAACGUAGAUAAGAAACAGGUGGUCGUGGGAGGGAUGUUUCCCGUUCACCGCCGCAUCGCCUCAGCCAAUACCAACAGCUCCUCGGUGCCGCUGUCCCUGGGAUGCGAGGGGUUUAACUUCCGGACGUUUCGUUGGACUCAGACAAUGCUCUUCGCCAUUGAUGAGAUCAACAAGCGGACAGACCUCCUCCCCGACACGGACCUGGGAUAUGUCAUCUACGACUCCUGUUUCACCAUCUCCAAGGCUGUGGAGGGCACCCUCACCUACCUGACGGGGCAGGAAGAGGCCGUGCCCAACUACCGCUGUGGCACAGGGGCUCCCCUGGCCGCUCUAGUGGGGGCUGGGGGGUCAGACCUGUCCAUCGCCACCGCCCGCAUACUGGGACUCUACUAUUUCCCCCAGGUGAGUUACUCGUCGUCCUGCUCUGUGUUGGACAGUAAGUUCCAGUUUCCCACCUUUUUGAGGACCAUCCCUAACGACGUCUACCAGUCUGAGGCAAUGGCCCGUCUGGUGCUGCACUUCGGCUGGACCUGGGUGGGAACCAUCGCCGCUGACGACGACUAUGGGAAGUAUGGCAUCAAGGCCUUCAAGGAACAGGUGGAGGAGGCUGGGGUCUGCAUCUCUUUCUCUGAGACUCUGCCCAAGGUGAGCUCUCCAGAGGACAUCCGGCGUAUUGUGGAGACGGUGGUGGAGUCGACAGCUAAAAUCAUUGUUGUGUUCUCCUCUGAUGUGGACCUGAGCCCUCUGAUCCAGGAGUUGAUCCAACACAAUGUCACCAACCGCACCUGGAUCGCCAGCGAGGCCUGGGUCACCUCCGCACUCAUCAACCAGCCUGGGGUGAGUUCAUUGCUGGGUGGAACCCUGGGAUUCGGUCUGAAGCGCGCUGAGAUCCCCGGUCUCCAGCGUCACCUGCUAAACAUAGACCCCUACUCCAACCCGCUCACUGAGGAAUUCUGGGAAACGGCGUUCAACUGCACGCUGGACUACGGCCGGGCUCUGAGGCUGGCGAAAACAGCAGUGGGGGGCAACACAAGCCUGUCCAGGGCAGUCAGAGGGGUGCCUGAGGGUCUGUGUUCGGGACAGGAGUCCCUGGGGAAACUGAAUAAUACCUACUCUGACGUGACCCAGCUACGCAUCACAUACAGUGUGUAUAAGGCUGUGUACACUGUGGCCCAUGCCUUGCAUAACAUGGAGAUCUGUGAGCCUGGCCAGGGGCCCUUCAACAACAACAGCUGUGCUGACAUCACCAAAUUUGAGCCUUGGCAGUUGAUGUACUACCUGAAGAACGUGUGGUUCCACGUCCCCCACACCAAAGAACCUUUAUUCUUCCUGGACGGAGAUGUGGACGGCUACUAUGACAUCAUUAACUGGCAAGUGAAAGGUGACGGGGAGAUCUCCUACGUGACGAUUGGCCAAUUCAACAGCACAGCAGCCCCAGAUGCCAUGAUGACUAUCGACAAUGCAUCCAUAGUGUGGAACAAUGAUGAGCUGGAGACUCCGAGAUCAGUGUGCAGUGAGAGCUGCCAGCCUGGUACCAGGAAGGGGAUCAGGCAGGGGGAGCCCGUCUGCUGUUUCGACUGCAUCCCCUGUGCCGACGGAGAGAUCAGCAACGCCACAGACGCCAGGGAGUGUAUCCAGUGCACUGAGGAUUACUGGUCUAAUGCGGCCCGAGACACCUGCGUCCCCAAGACCAUCGAGUUCCUGGACUUCAGUGAACCUCUGGGCAUCACACUCAUAGUGAUAUCAGCCGUUGGAGCGCUGAUCACCCUGGCUGUGGGGAUGGUCUUCCUGGUCAACCUGGGUACUCCACUGGUGAGGGCCAACGACCCCAUACUGAGUUUCUCCCUGCUGUUCUCCCUGGUGGUGACGUUCCUCUCCUCCAUCGUCUUCCUGGGAGAGCCCCAGCCUUGGAGCUGCAUGACCAGCCAGGUGGGCCUGGCCCUGGGGUUUUCUCUCUGCCUCUCCUCCAUCAUGGGUAAGGCUGCAGUCCUUAUGCUCAGGGCCCGGGUUCUGAAGGCUGCCAGGUCCAAGGCCAAAGCCACUGCCAAGGCUGCAGCUCAGGCCGCCGCCGCUGACACCAGCCCUGAUGUCAUUGUCACCAAUGGCAACAUCAACAACAACAACAAUGCCGUAACCGCUGGCAACCCCGAUGUGGACUCUCUCCGCCCCGCCCACCAGAGGGUCCUGGCUGCCAUAGCAACACUGAUCCAGGCCGUGGCGUGCACGGUGUGGCUCGUCAUCCUGCCACCGCACCCGGUCAAAAACACGGCGGCGCAGAACAUCAAGAUCAUCCUGGAGUGUGACCAGGGUUCUGUGGUCUUCAUCUGCUGUGUCUUCGGCUACGACAUCCUGCUGGCCCUGUUGGCCUUCGUCUUCUCCUUCAUAGCACGCAAACUGGAAGACAACUUCAGUGAGGCGAAGUGCUUGACCUUCGGCAUGCUGGUGUUCUUCAUCGUGUGGAGCUCCUUCGUCCCAGCCUAUCUCAGUACACGUGGUAAGUUCAUGGUGGCCGUGCAGAUCUUUGCCAUCCUGGCGUCCAGCUUCGGCCUGCUAGCCUGCAUCUUCCUACCCAAGUGCUACGUCCUGCUGGUCAAGCCCGAGUUCAACACGGAGGAUAUGAUGCGGCCGCGUUCCAAACCACGUGACGGGACUGGGACAGGGACCUCGGCCUCGCUUGCUACGGUGGCCACUGAAGUUCAAACUACGACAGGCAAUGUUGAUUAUUAGGGUUAGGGAGGGACGCACAAGCACACACAAACACACACUAUGGGCAGACAAAAACACUCAUCUGGAAGCACACUAGGGCCAGUGAUACAGGACACGUUGCGCUAACUAGGGACGACUCAGCAUUUCAUUGUGGAGUCUGUUUCCUAGUUUCCUGUGAUGUCAUAAUACUCCAUGUAGUUUUUUGACUAAUGUAUACCAAUGGAGUUCUCAGAGAGUAGGACUACAACCAAACACAGAGCUGAAACAGAGAGAUAUCUAUGCUGACAUGGAUAUAUAUGGUAGAUGGAUAGGUCCCGUCCUUAUGAUAACUAUAUAUUUGACUUUAUUAAUGCUGUCCUGAUUUUUUUGUUGUAUUUUUGUAUGAAUUAGUUUGAGCCUUAGUUCGAUCAUUUGAGAUGUCUCAGAAAGGUGGCCGUUGAAAAUGUAUUUGUUGUCAAAGUGUCACCUUUUGUACUGUGAAUUUAGAGGGAUUUUCAUUUAAUUAGCCUUUAUAUCAUAUUUGUAUAGGCACAUCAAUGUCUGAAUGUUUCUGUAUAGGAAUCUGCAUAAGUAGCCUAGUGAUCAUUGGAUCAUCCCCACUGAUUGGAUGGAUCAUCCACACUGAUUGGAUGGAUCAUCCCCACUG